AUGAUUAGAUGUGAAUGCGGCAAGGCCUUCGCAAAUGGCCCAAACCUUCGACAACAUCGAAAAGCCGUUCAUAGUCGCGAAUGUCCUAAGUGCAGCCGGAUAUUCACGACGCAAGGGGGCCUAGACAAUCAUAUACACGAUGUUCAUCGCUGGACAUGUGGUCGUUGUGGUGACAGUUUUCGCAGCCUCAAAGCGCUAAAUCGUCACAGGAGGUCUGCAGAUCACUGUUUUUGUCGUCCGUGCAAUCAAUUCUUCGAGACUUCUGACGAGCUGCACCGACAUCAGAAGACACCUGGUCAUGUGGAACAAUAUCGUUGCUGCGAAUGCAAUCGAGAUUUCGUCAACGAGACUGCUCUUGAGCAACACCUGCGGGAAACAAAGCAGCAUAAAAUUACUCGCCCAGGGAAAGGAAGUCACAUAUGCAUCAGAUGCAACAAGGGAUUUCGGACCGAUUCUGAUCUGAAGCAGCAUGAGAAUUCGCUAGCCCACAACGCAAUCAGUAGCCUGGAAUGCAUCGAUACGCAAUGCAAAAAACACUUCAGAUGCCCUUCGUCACUUCUGCAUCACCUCGAAAGUGGCAUGUGCGUUUCUAAAAUGGACAGAAGCCAUCUCAAUAAGCUGGUCUGUGAGCUUGAGACUGAUCGCGUCUUAUGCGAUCAAAAUCUGCUCGCCGCUUCUGAUGAUUUUGGCGGUGACGUCUCCGACAGCUGCUCAGACUACGAUAUUAUCUACACUCCGGAUAGUACAUCGUCCGCCGAUUCGAUCUCCUUCUCCCAGCCAGUUCUUUCAAGUGAGAGAUUGUCUGAGGAUGUAUUCUGGUCUUCAGCGAAAGUACGGUGCUGGGAGUGUUCAAAGACAUUCAUGUCCAUUGACUCUCUUGAGCAACAUCGAAAUUCUGCUGCUCACGCACUCCCCAUUUUUCACUGUCCAACGCGUCUAUCUGGAGGGAAACACCCAUUUGGUUUUAUUCAGACGUUCAAAACACUGAGCGGACUUGCGCAACACCUCGAAGCAAAGUCAUGCGUCGGUGGAGCUUCUACAUUGCGCCAAAUUGCAGCCUAUGUUGAGGACCGCCUUCGAGAGAUUGGGUGGAAGGGGAAACUCCUUAUCGAAGAUUUGAAUUGA